UUCCUUGAAUUUUCAAAUUUGAAAUAUGAUUUAUAAUUGUUUGUAAAAUUGAUCUAAUAUAUCUCAAGUUCAAUGAACAAUUUUUUUUUAUUUCCUUCCAUUUUAAAUUUACAUUUCUAAAUUCUAACUUGUGGAACCAAAAAUGUACAAAACGUGACGUGUUUUAACUUUUUUUUUCACUCUCAUAUUUAUAUCUCUCCCCGUCUCCGUGUUCCCGUGUAUAUAUAGCAAGUCCAUUAUAUUCGGGAUUGUGUAUACAUUCAAUUUAUAGUUGCCGGCUCAUGACUGAUCUGCUCGCUCUGUCCGUAAAAUUCGGCUGCAAGGAUUAUCUGUUUUGUCAACAUGAAGCAUCACAGAAAAAGGAAAACUGUAUGAUAAGACACAGUAGAGGUGUGACAUCGUAAAAAAAUACUCGUUAAUACUCUGUUUGUAGAUCAUAAAAAUUAUUACUAAAAUAUCUUUGUAUUAUAACCAAACUAAACAGAAUCUGUAAACGAAGAACGGCUUAUUUGAACAGUGAAUUUUAUUUUUAUGGCGAUUAGUAAUAAAUAAUUUAUACUUAUUACAUAUAUUGUAAUCAGGGGUUGAAAAUCAAGUUAUUUUGAAUUAUUUCCUAAAAUUAUUGUUCACAAAAAAAUUCAUUGCAAUGGCUGCAAGUGAUUUUCAAGACCAAAAAGUAUUAUUACUUGAUUCUUUGCUUAGUUGUUGUUACUUUGCAUGUAUGUUUCUUUUCUUACAUUAUAGUGGAAAUAUGUAUAAUAUUGGGUCUUAUAAAUUUAUUUAUAUUCUGGCUACUAUAUUACUUAGUGAAAUAAUUAAAGUUUCUCUAAAUUUCAUUCAACCAAACAAAUCAUUGGAAAAAAAGUCAGAUGCAUCAGCAAAAUAUAACAAAUCUUUCAUGCCAUCAGCAAAAAAUAUUGUUAAGCUGGUUAUUGCAUUUAUUAUAUCAACUGCUAUUUAUUAUAUUAUAAUAGUAUUUUUUGGUGCACCAAUAUUCACACAUCAUGAAGAAACAUUUGUAUUAGCUCUGACGUUAACAACGUUAACUCUCAUUCCUACAGCUUUACAUAUUGGAAUUGAUAAUGUGAUUGUAAUAUUGAUUCAAACAAAUACUCCUGUUUAUAUGAAUGUAAGACUUGUAAAUACUGUGAAAUUUCAUGUAAUGGUAGUAUGGUUUGGCACUUGGUUGGGUGCUUUUGUACUACCCUUGGAUUGGGAUAGAGAAUGGCAAGCAUGGCCAAUACCAUGCAUGUUGGGAGCAUUGAUCGGUUAUUUUAUAGGAAAUUUUAUAACUAUUAUAAAGACUAAUUUGUACUUUUUAAAAAAAUUGAAAAAGUCGAAUAUGGUUUAA